CAUCUCUUCUGUCCUCUCUUUUUGCUUGCAGCCCAAAUUGAAGUUAUACCAUGCAAAAUCUGCGGAGACAAAUCAUCAGGUAUCCACUAUGGAGUCAUUACGUGCGAGGGAUGUAAGGGUUUCUUCAGACGGAGUCAGCAGAACAAUGCAUCCUACUCCUGCCCCCGCCAGAGGAACUGCCUCAUCGACAGAACAAACCGCAACCGCUGCCAACACUGCCGCCUGCAGAAAUGUCUCGCCCUAGGAAUGUCCAGAGAUGCGGUAAAGUUUGGCCGCAUGUCCAAGAAGCAACGUGACAGCCUGUAUGCAGAGGUCCAGAAGCACCAGGCGCGACUGCAGGAGCAGCGGCAGCAGCAGACAGGCGAAGCGGAGGCUCUGGCACGCGUUUACUCGUCCAGCCUAACCAACGGACUGUCCACCCUUAACCAUGAGAUUGGGGGCACCUAUGCCAAUGGCCACGUCAUUGAGCUGCCCAAGGGUGGCCAUGGCAACGGAGGGGGAGUCCCAGGGGGAUACUAUGGAAUGGAUUCCACCCAGCCGUCUCCAGACCAGUCAGGUUUGGACAUGUCGGGCAUGAAGCACAUUAAACAGGAGCCGGUGUAUGACCUGACGCCAGUACCCAACCUGUUCAGCUACGGAGGCUACCAGGACAGCCAGCUGGGACCCAACAAUGUCAGCAUGGGAGAACUAGACCGUAUUGCUCAGAAUAUCAUCAAAUCCCACUUGGAGACAUGUCAGUACACAACAGAGGAGCUGCAGCAGCUAGCCUGGCAGACACACUCCUAUGAAGAGGUCAAAAUGUACCAGAGCAAGCCCCGGGACGUGCUGUGGCAGCAGUGUGCCAUCCAGAUCACCCAUGCAAUCCAGUACGUGGUGGAGUUCGCCAAGCGGAUCUCAGGGUUCAUGGAACUGUGCCAGAAUGACCAGAUCCUCCUGCUCAAGUCAGGUUGUUUGGAGGUAGUCUUGGUGCGGAUGUGCAGGGCGUUCAACCCUCUCAACAACACUGUGCUUUUUGAAGGGAAGUACGGAGGCAUGCAGAUGUUCAAAGCUCUAGGUUGUGAUGACUUAGUGAGUGCAGUGUUUGACUUUGCCAAGAGUUUGUGUUCGCUGCAGCUGACAGAGGAGGAGAUUGCUCUGUUCUCAGCAGCUGUACUAAUUUCCACAGAUCGGCCGUGGCUGAUGGAGCCUCGGAAAGUCCAGAAGCUCCAGGAGAAGAUCUACUUUGCUCUGCAGCACAUUAUGCAGAAGAACCACAUGGACGAAGACGCGUUGGCUAAGCUGAUCAGCCGAAUCCCAACGUUGUCAGCCCUGUGCACGCUCCAUACCGAGGAGCUCCAGGCCUUCCAGCAGCUCCACCCAGAAACAGUCAACAUCCUCUUCCCUCCACUCUACAAAGAACUCUUCAACCCCGACCCCAACUCUGCCAUGGCCAUGCCCAAGUGACUGCCUGUGCAACAAACGGCGUCAGUGGAGGAACAAGAAAAUGAGACCACAGCCACGUCUGACGAGACGACAGCGGCUGUGUCGACCAUGUCAUCACCGUGGCAACCACAUAUUCCUGAGCUC